AUGAACAAGGGCAGUGGAGCUAAUGGCGGGGGAGAGUCAUCAAUGAGGACGGAGCGAGGAGCCUGGGGAGGAUGCAGACACGCGUUUGGUGUCGGGGCUCUGGAGGAGGACGAUGAUGAUAUCUAUGCCAGGGAUUCGCUUUCACGUUACGAUUCGGUGUUGGGUGAGGUGGAGACGGGAGACGGGUUGUAUGGAUGGACUGCUCCACAAAUCCACAGGAAGGGAAAAGGCUCAGAUAUUCCGACAGGAUACAUCGGCAAACUGCUGGAGGGUUUCACACUGGGAUCCAAGCUGCCCAAAUCAAUGAAGGUAUACGAACCUCCAGAGCUGCCCAGGGAUUACCGACCAGUUCACUACUUCCGGCCAGUGGUGCCUUCAGGUGCCGUCAGCAGCACAGUGGCCCAGGCCCUGCUGGAAUCGACAGGGCAGCUCAACAGUGACACGACCAUGAAGAGCCGUCACCAGCUGAACGCAGCUCAGCGCAGGGAGCUGCUGGGAGAGAGAGCUCUGCCAGGGCCCCGCUCAGUGUUCGAUCUCCUUGCUGAAGAGGAUAAGUUGAGGCUACAGGAGGUGCAGCGAACAGCGAGCCAUGUUCCCAGCCCACACCCGCCUGGGCCACUGCCCUCCCAGCCCAGCAGCAGUGGGUUUAAACCCUUCCUGAAGGAGCCUGGAAAGCAGAAGCGGUACGAGGAGUACGUGAGGAAGCUGAACGCUGGCCAUCAUGAUGCCCUGAACAGCAGCCUGGACCCCAGCAUGACGGAAUGGGAGCAGGGGCGUGAGCGGGAGGAAUUCAGCCGAGCCGCAGCUCUGUAUCGCCCUGUCAGCACCUCCUUGUCCUCCCGCUUCACUCGUGCCAAGCUGCUGGAUGACUCGGACCAAGUGGAGGUCCCAGAACAGCAAGAGGGUGACGUCAAUGACAAGGAGGCUGCAGUGAAAAUGAAGAUGUUUGGGGCUCUGACCAGAGACAAGUUUGAGUGGCAUCCUGACAAACUGCUCUGCAAACGGUUCAAUGUCCCGGACCCCUACCCUGGGUCAACAGUUGUUGGACUGCUUAAGGUGAAACGAGACAAGUAUUCGGUGUUCAACUUCUUAACGGCUCCCUCUGUUCCUGCAUCCAGUGGGAUGGAGCCAACAAAGGGAUCUGGACAGUCAAACACAUCAUCUAAAGCUCCUGAAUUGAAGCGAAAGUCCAGGUGGGACCUGUCAGCGGAGGACAAGGGGAAAGGUGCUGCUGGACAACCGCGGGCUGUGGCUGGACCUGAAACAGUGCCGGAAAGCAGCUCAGUUCUGCCGCAGGGAGAGAAACCUGGACACAGCCAGCAAAACCAACCGGAAGAUAAGGCAGAUUCUGAGGAGGAUGAGAAAAGCCGACUGCCCAUGGACUUGUUCAAAGCCGUCUUUGCUAGCUCAUCAGAGGAACAAUCCUCAUCAUCAUCAUCCUCUGAUGAAGACGACGAGGACAACAGUGAAAUAGAGGAUGCUCCUGAGCAACAAGAUACUGUCAAGCCUGGACAGCAAGCUAAUUCUCCCAACGAUCAGCCAGAUUCGGUGAAGGAGGAGUUGGGUUUCAGAGCGAAAGGACAUGAUGGCACGACACGACCUGGGCAGUGCAAUCCACAGACGUCCCCUGACACAGAGGAGUUUGGGCCUCGGCUGCCCCCAGCUCUGCUUCAUGGAACCCCGGUGCCUGGAUCUAUAAGAGCAGAAGCACACAGUGGCAGCACCUCGUACUUGGGCGAAAGGGAGCAACGGACACACAACGGCAGCCCCCCAUGCUCGGCGGACAGAGAGCGACAGACAUACAGAAGCAGCCCCUCACACUCUGAGGAGAGAGAGCGAAAGAAGCAUAAAGAUCGGCGGAAAGCGAAGAAGCAGAAUAAGAAAAAGAAGCACAAGAAAAAAAAAGAGCGGCGGAGAGCCCGAGGUCGGAGUCCAAGCAGCAGCAGUGAAGGGACUGGAGGAGAAUCACGGUCCCCUCCUAUUGUGGAUCUGUUGCAGAGGUUGAAGAAGGUUCCACUGAUGCAUCAUUGAAAUGGGGUGUGAUGACUUCGGCCAUCAAUGACCGGACCCCUCCACUCUCCUGACCUCUGGGCAGUCUGCGUAGUGACCAGCUGCAGGGGACAGAGGCAGCUGUCCACUUUGCUGACCAACAUUUCCUGCCUUGCACAGACUGAUUACUCCCUCCUUCCCAUGGUGCUGUUGCUGUGUCUGACCCCCACCCAGCAGUACCUUUCCUCUGUGGUGCAGCCAGUAACCUGUUCUCCAUCACUUUAAGGUUGGCCUCGGGUAACAGCAGAUGAUGCUGGCAGGAUUCACCUGGUUGGGGAGAGAAGCAGCAUCGAUACUGCACCCAGCUUCAUCUCACUCAGAUUGUGAAUCUCUUGUAUAGUGUAUCAGCGUUUGUAUAGUUCCUGACUGGAGACUGAAUAAAACUAUCGUUUACCAAGUAA